CGGAAAGAGAGAAAGUGACGGAGAGUGACAGAGAGUGAGUGAGUGAACCGUGCGCCCAUCAACAUCUCGCCCUUGAGUCUCAAUUCUGUCCGACCUCGGCCUCCCGCCCACCAGGCUAAGCUGUGCAGCAGGGCUUGGUGUCAGGAAGGGAGCGCCAUAAAGCUCAAGCUUUUUUACGAAGUAGAAACGCGAUUGAGUUUCGACAAUGGCCGAGAAACCAGAUGUUGUCGUUUCCAUAGACCUAGGCACAACCUUCACAGGUGGUCAUCUCUCUUCCCUUCAGGCUCAACGAUGUAACUUUAGUUCCUAAUCAGCUGGUAAGGCGUGGCAUGGAGGACGCCCAGGACGCCGAUACAGGUCAUCAACGAUUGGCCCGGCAGCGGUGAUCGAGGCGAGCGCAAGGUCCCUACAACGCUCAUCUACAACGCCGACGACACGCUCUCAUCAUGGGGCUUCAUGUGCGCCGACGACGACGACAACGCGCCCGGGAAGACGCGGCGCGAGUUCUUCAAGAUCUUCAUCGACGAAGCCACCAUCGCCGCCGCCCAGCGCCAGGGGCUCCUCCACGCGCCCAAGAGCACCGCCGAUGCCCAGAGGUACGCGACGGACUACCUGCGCGAGGUGUACGGCCACGUCAAGGAGACGGUUGAGAUGCAGCUUGGCCGACGGCACUUUGGCGGCGGAUGGGCCAACAUGGCCGUCACGUUCCUCUUCAGCGUGCCCACGACAUGGACGCGCAUGGAGAUCAUCAACACCUUCAAGGCCAUCAUACGUGAUGCCGGCUUCGGGAUCGAAGGCCCGAGGCACACGGCGCAGGUCGACCUCACCGAGGCCGAGGCAGCCGCCGUGGCGACGCUGAAGACGAGCGCCUUGCAGUUCGACACGGGGAGCCUGUUCCUGACGGUCGACGCAGGCGGCGGGACAACGGACCUUUCCCUAAUGCGCGUCACGUCGACGGACGUGGCCUGUCCGCGCAUGUCGCAGGUGUCGGCCGUCAAGGGCGUUGGGAUCGGCUCAACCCUCAUUGACCGCGCCUUCAUCCGUCUCGUCUCUCAGAGGCUCGCCGCCUGGCCUGACGACCAGAGCCAGCUUCCCGCUAACCUUGCCACUCGCAUGGCGCAAAGUCAUCACUUCCGCAUCGUCAAGCACAAGUUUGGCGAAAAGGUCUACAUGCAGCCGACGUUCAAGAUACAAGUGGAGGGCGUCUCGCACGACUUUAGCCACCCGGGCAUGGGCAUCGAGAAUGGUCGUAUGGUAUUCACCAUGCAGGAGAUACAGGGCCUCUUUGACGCCCAGUUUGAGGGAGUGAUGAAGCGCAUCAUGGAGCAGCUAGAUUGGCUGUCAGAGAACGGCUCGUCGGAGCAAGUCAACUUCAUAAUAUUAUCCGGGGGCCUGGGAAGCUCGGCGUACAUCCGAGAGAGGAUGCAACGACAGCUGUUGAGCGUCCCGCACCCAAACGCAACGCGCGCGGCCGUGGUGCCCUGCCAGGAUCCUCAGUUGGUCGUGGUCCGAGGCCUUCUCCUCGACCACCAGCAGAAGAUGGAGACGGGCAACCUGUCCGUGCUGGCAACUCGUGUCGCUCGCGCAAGCUACGGGGUCGUGGUCAAGGAAGCGUACUCGCCGGCGUACCAUUUCCACGAGGACGUCAUCCAAGACCCCUUCGACUCCAAGAAGCAAUGGGCCGUCAACCAGAUCCAGUGGCUCAUACGAAAGGGCGACCACAUUGACCCGAACCGGCCGCUCUUCAAAUCCUUCGAGUUCCACCUCUCGGAGAAGGAUACUACAAGGUGCUGGGAUGCCGAGAUCGUCAUUUCUCUCAACGAAGCAUCCCAUCUCCCCAGCAGCCUGAAGCAAGGUGCGCACCAGACCACAAAUCCACUCCUCAUCGCCGGCCGGCCGGGUUUACAAAGGGUUGUCACUGUCACACGGGCUGACGACAAGGUCCAUUUGCAGCGGGUGUCACGAAGCUGUGCCAUGUGAGAAGCAAUCUCAGCGGCGUCCAACAGCACCAGCUCAUCCUCAAGCGCAAAAGGGGCGCCUUCUUCAGGAAAGGGUCCAAGUUCUACAUUUGCGCCUUCGACAUACGCGUCAUUGUCGCGCCGGCCGACCUCAGGUUCGAGCUGUGGUUUGAUGGGCAAAAGUUUUCAGGCAAUCACGAGCCUGUUGGCAUCAAAUGGGAUGCUGCCGGCGCUCGGGUGGGAUCUAGCUGACCCAACUGACUGGUGUGAAGAAGCAGAGAGUGUUGUGGAUAGGUUAGUUAGCCUCACAGUUGGCCGGCUCUUUCACUGGUCUCUCUCGCUCGGCUACCUAUAUAGCUCUCUUCUUCCUCCCUUCAUAGCCCAUUAAGCUCUCUUCAUCAGCUAUGCGCCUAUGCCUCCGUUCUCAGGUUAUGAGCCCUCUCGCGCUUCCGCGAUAAAGAAAAAGAAGAAGAAAAAGAAGGCCUAGCGCCUACCCCAGCAGCCACAUCUUCGCCCCCUCAAACAAGCCAUCAAACAAGCCAUUGAACCAACCAUCAAACACGCCAAAGGGCAACUAGCCACCCGAUUCCGAAACGACUAUUUUUCAGCCAUAAUAGCUAUUUUAAAAUAUAUCAAAGUCCUUCUCUCGAAAUAGCUACUGCCGUCU